AUGGACCCUCCUGCCCCAGAGACCUUAAUGCGUGCAUUGGAAGUGUUGAAUUACUUGGGUGCACUGGACGAUGAUGGUAACUUAACAAAGCUGGGUCAGAUUAUGAGUGAAUUUCCACUGGACCCUCAGAUGCCAAAGAUGCUCGUUGUUAGUCCUGAAUUCAACUGUUCAAAUGAGAUUCUUUCCGUUUCUGCCGUGCUAUCUGUACCCAAUUGCUUUGUCCGGCCUAGGGCAGCACAAAAUGCUGCAGAUGAAGCAAAAGCUAGUUUAGGACACAUUGAUGGGGAUCAUCUCACGCUCUUGAAUGUAUACCAUGCCUACAAGCAAAAUAAUGACGAUCCUUCUUGGUGUUAUGAUAACUUUGUUAAUCAUAGGGCAUUGAAAUCAGCGGACAGUGUUAGACAACAACUUGUGCGAAUCAUGGCUCGGUUUAACUUGAAGUUAUGCAUCACUGAUUUCAAUAGCCGUGACUACUAUGUCAACAUUAGAAAGGCAAUGCUGGCAGGAUAUUUCAUGCAGGUGGCCCAUCUGGAGCGGACAGGACAUUUACUUGACAGUGAAAAACAACCAGGUUUGUUAGUAAGAGAUGCUGUGGUGCUCUUGCAUCCAUCAAAUUGCCUGGACCACAAACCGGAGUGGGUAAGAUUUUUGUUUGAUAUCUGGAAUGCUUUAGCUAAGAUUGAGUUUGACAACCUCGAAAUGGUGAAAACGUUAGUGGAUGUAGCCCCACAUUACUAUGAUUUGUCGAAUUGUCCACAAUGUGAAGCGAAGCGUGUUCUUGAGAGGCUUUACAAGAAGCGAGAAAAGGAAAAGGAGGAAGCCAGGAGUCGUAAAUGA